UGUCCCUUCUUGGCUGGGAAGGGAGCUGCAGGACAACACCGAGGACUGGCCCUUCAUGAGCUGUGACUACUGAGUUAACGAGGGUCCCAGGCGAGGGGGUCAAUCAACAUGGGCAGCCCCCAGAGGAGCUCCCUGCAACUCGGACUGUCUGCCCCCUUCCCACGGCCCUGAGUCUUCAGGCCCUGAGCUCGCUAAGGUCACCAGAGGGAGCUGCGCCGUGGGAGGCUGCCCCACCUGCACCCUGCGAGCAUGGCGCUGCUGAAAAUCAAAUUCGACCAGAAGAAACGGGUCAAGUUGGCCCAAGGGCUCUGGCUCAUGAACUGGCUCUCCGUGCUGGCUGGCAUCGUCAUCUUCAGCCUAGGGCUGUUCCUAAAGAUUGAGCUUCGGAAGAGGAGCGAUGUGAUGAAUAAUUCAGAGAGCCAUUUUGUGCCCAACUCCUUGAUAGGGGUGGGGUUCCUGUCCUGUGUCUUCAACUCUCUGGCCGGCAAGAUCUGCUAUGAUGCUCUGGACCCUGCCAAGUACGCCAAGUGGAAGCCCUGGCUGAAGCCAUACCUGGCCGUCUGCGUCCUCUUCAACGCGGUCCUCUUCCUGGUGGCCCUCUGCUGCUUCCUCAUGCGAGGCUCCCUGGAGAGCACCCUGGCCCACGGGCUCAGGAACGGGAUGAAGUACUACCGGGACACGGACACGCCCGGCCGGUGUUUCAUGAAGAAGACCAUCGACAUGCUGCAGAUCGAGUUCCGAUGCUGUGGCAACAAUGGCUUUCGGGACUGGUUUGAGAUUCAGUGGAUCAGUAACCGCUACCUGGACUUUUCCUCCAAGGAAGUCAAAGAUCGCAUCAAGAGCAACGUGGACGGGCGGUACCUGGUGGACGGCGUCCCCUUCAGCUGCUGCAACCCCAACUCGCCACGGCCCUGCAUCCAGUACCAGCUCACCAACAACUCGGCACACUACAGCUAUGACCACCAGACGGAAGAGCUCAACUUGUGGGUGCGAGGCUGCAGGGCCGCCCUGCUGAGCUACUACAGCAGCCUCAUGAACUGCAUGGGCGCCGCCACGCUCCUCGUCUGGCUCUACGAGGUGACCGUCACAGUUGGGCUGCGCUACCUCCACACGGCACUGGACAGUGUGUCCAGCCCCGAAGACGCUGAGUGUGAGAGUGAGGGCUGGCUGCUGGAGAAGAGCGUGCCGGAGACCUGGAGGGCCUUCCUGGAGGGCCUGAAAAGGCUGGGCAAGAGCAACCAGGUGGAAGCCGAGGGCGCAGACGCAGGCCCAGCCCCAGAGGCUGGCUGACGGCCCCAGGGUCCCUGCCCUCCCCAACACGGAGAAGCAGUGGACUCCAAGAAACGCGGACACUCCCCCUCGUCCAAUCUGAAUCUCCCAAGGAGAGCGGCCACCUUAGAGAUACUCUCCUUGAUGGUGGGAUUGAAAAUUUAGAGUCCCUAAAAGCAUUUGGCAAACACUUGUUGGAGGACUGACUCAAAAUAGGAGUGACUGAGCCCCCAGGCCCACUGCUGUGGACAGGCCCUCACGGUGGCCUCUCGGCGGAUGCCCAGGCCCCCACCCGUCUCUCCCCAGCACCUGCGUUCAUUUCCACCCUGAGGCUACCGGCCACAUCUGAGGUCCCUGGCCCUUUGAUGAGCCUGCCAUCAUGAAUUCCACGCUGCUUCAUCCCACAUCCAAAGCGUCAUGAGGUACAAAAGCACAGGAGUCUGAAAAAAUGUACUGGCCAUACUGUCAUUAAAAAAAAGAUGCCAAGGUUGACAGGUCAGCCAUCUUAUUUGUUAGAUGGUGGAAGGUGGGGAACAGCGACACUCAUUCCGAGAGUCAUGGGCUCUCCAAAGCCCCGACAGCUCAAAAGAGGAGUUCUUCCAUCAUGGGAUGCAAGAACUUCAGGACCGGGGAUUAUUUCCUGCCGCCGGAAAUGCAGUUCAAGGCCUGAUUUCAUGUGUCAAUCACAUGCCCUCACUUAGGCAGGAGUGGGCCCCGGCUGGAGGAAGUCCAGGCACCUCGGGGGCAUUCUGGCUGCAAGCCCUCCGAAGGCCUGGACGACGCCCCGGCUGCCUGUCUGCGGCGGCACUGGUGGGAGACGGCUGCGCUUCUGCGGAAGAGGAGCCGCGGUCAGACCGGAGUCCACCCUCUGGAGACCAGGCUCACCUCUUGGGGGGCGCGGGGAUGCCGUGGACGACGCUAACUGUCUGCAGUGGAGGGCAGAGUCCUCUGGGGUGUCCCCCUGUUUCUAUCCCCAGAGGGCCGACCGCCAGUGCAGUCCUACCGGGUUGCCUCUUCGUUCAAGGAGACUCUGAGACAGCCCGUCUUCCUGAGCUAGCAACCGCAACGAAGUUUUCAGUUCCUUCAGGAAAAGAGAAAGGGAACUUUUUUUUAGUUGAAGGAGAGGAUGAUUUCAGUACCGUCCUGAGUGUCCAGUGUGGAGAUGGUGCAGCCGGGGGUUUGUUCUGGGGCUCUGGUGCUCCCAGGGUUGAGACCCAUCAAAGGUGUUUGGACGGAGUCAGGCUUUGGUUCAGGGUUUAAUCUGACUCCGGAGUCUCCCUGAGACCAAGGAAGAUCCCCACUGACGAUGCUGAGGGAGUCAGCUGCCUCGACGGAUGCUCCGGAGCCCUCUUCGCGCCCAGGAGCGCUGCGGACCGCUGCGCAGACGCUGCUCUGGGCCACGUGUGUAACUGUGCUGUUAACAGCUGUACAACAGAGAUUAAACAUUAUAUUGUAUGCAAACCACUUUUGCGCAUUGUAUGAAAAUGCCUGUCUCAGCCUAUUCGACAGCAGUGUGUCACCGGGUCCCCAACUCUACCGCAUGUUUUAACAAGGCCUAACCUGACUCUGAAAGGAGGCACUGUCCACGAUCAGGCAGCUGGGUUCCGACGGCGUCGGAGUCACCGCUCUCCCUCUCUUGCUUUCUUAACCUGCAAAAACAGUGACUGGCCGGUUAUCCGAGUCGUCUCAGUAUUUUGCCUCGGCCAGAGCUGAACUGGUCUAACAUUUUAAUAUGUGGUAUCUUAAUUUAGUGAUAUAAGUAAAAAUUCCAAAACA